CGGGCCAUUUUCCACUCGGUCUCCUUUUCUAUUAAAGAAGAAAAUCACGAAAUUCACCGGGGACACAAACACCGGCAGGACCAGUGGCCCGUUCGGAGAGCUCGUGCAGAACACAGACGAUCUUUCAGCUCGCGGAUCUCAAGCCUGCGGUGCACGCUCACUGUCGCUCCCCCCGUGCGCGUGCGCGCGUGUGUUUACAAGUGUUUGAACGAGUGCCAGAAACGAGGGAAGAAGGAGGAUAAAGCCAAGGAAGGAGGGAUGGUGGACAAUUCAAGCAGUAGUAAGGCACAAAUGCCCAGCAUGUCUCAGGAGCCCGGUGUGGCCUUUCCUCAGAGCACCUCUACAGGAGGAAUGAAGCUGGAGGCAGUGAUGGAGCAGCUCCAGCGCCAGCAGCAGGCCCGACUGGAAAUGGAGCGCAAAGAGAGGAAGCUACGAGAGGCCCACAUCAUGUAUGCUCAGCAGGUUGCUGCCCAGCAGGCCAUCCUAGCAGCUGCCCGGGCUUCGGGGGCCAGCUUCAUGGGCAAAGGCCUGGCUGGAGGCAUCCCUGGUGGUGGGUUACCUCCCCGGGUGUCUAAUCAAAGCAGUGUGGACUCGGAAAGAGAGGAUGACGAGGACAGAGGCCGGGAUUCUGGGGAUGAUGAUGACGACAAUGAGAUGAUGGAGGGGGACGAAGGCAGCGAUGAGGAUGAAGGAAAUGCCAGUGGUCUGGAAUUCCUCCGCAAGCAGACCCUUGCUUUGCAACAGAAUGCCUCCCGCAUCCCAGCCCGUCCAUAUGGCAGUUACUCUGCAUCGGCCCCCCACAGGGCUGCAUCACCACCUAUUAGAGUGAAGCAGGAACCUGAUGAGGGUCUGUCUCCUGCAGGGCCUAACUCUGCUACCUCUCCUAACGGACAGGCCGACUGGGGCUUUGAUGAUCACUUCAGACAGAAUGGCAGUGCCGGAUGGGCAGAUGAGGCUGACAGUAGCAGAGGAAGAGGAGAGGCCUCCAGAGACUUUGCUAAGCUGUAUGAGCUGGACAAUGACCCCAAAAGGAAGGAGUUUUUGGAUGAUCUCUUUACCUUCAUGCAGAAAAGAGGAACCCCAGUCAAUCGUAUUCCCAUCAUGGCCAAGCAGGUCCUGGAUUUGUACAUGUUGUACAAGCUAGUGACAGAGAAGGGAGGCCUUGUGGAGGUAAUCAACAAGAAGAUCUGGAGAGAAAUCACAAAGGGACUGAACCUGCCUACCUCCAUCACCAGUGCAGCUUUUACUCUGCGUACUCAGUACAUGAAAUACCUGUACCCGUAUGAGUGCGAGAGGAAAGGUCUCAGUUCCCCAGGUGAGCUUCAGGCUGCCAUUGACAGUAACCGACGUGAGGGUCGUCGCCCAAGCUACAGCAGCAGCCUCUUCCGCUUCUCCCCCUCUCCCAGCACAGCCCCCCACAUCCUGUCACCUCCCAAGAUGCACCUUUCAGGUCUGGGCGUAGGGACCUCAGCAGCCCUUAAUGGCCUGCAGGCCUCACCAGGACCCUCUUUGAAGAAAGAUGAUCUGACUCCAACAAUCAUGGCAGCGAGGCCCUCCAUGGCACUGGCCCUGGGUCAGCAGCAGGUUGCUGGUUUGGCAAGAGCUGCCACACUGGAGCAGCUCAGAGAAAAGCUGGAGACUGGAGGUGGAGAGGGACCAGAGAGGAAGAUGGCCCGCCUGGCAGAAGAGCAGCAGCGCCUGAUGCAGCAGGCUUUCCAACAUAACCUGUUGGCCAUGGCUUCCCAAAUGCCCAUGAACCUGCGCCUGGGAGCCCCCACCAUUACCACCAGGGAUGAGAAGCAGCAGGACAUGUCUCUGAGUAUCUCAACCAAUGGAAAUGCCAGCAUCACUGUGUCAGUGGAGGUUAAUGGCACAAUCUACUCAGGAACCCUGUUUGCCCAGAAGUCUAGUGGUGCCCUGGGGCCUGCAGUGUCGGCUGCUGCUGCUUCAGCCUCCCCUGCUGGAACCAGCACUAGCUUUGGCUUCUCCGCACCCCAGGCUCAGACCCUCAGCCCCACGUCCUCCUCCUCCUCCUCCAAGGGUCCUGGCUCGGCUGAGCCGACCCCCAGUGGGUCACCCUAACUGCGGCUGCCCUUUGUACCUGCUUCCCAGGCCUCAAUUCCUCCAAGAGGCCCAGCAUGAAAAUACAGUACAAUGAGAAACCGAAAAGAAUAAGAAACUGUUGCACAACAAAUACCUCAUCAACCCUGUCAACCUCUUGGCUGUCCAAUCAUGAACACAGAGCCUGAGAAUAUUCAAUGACAACAUGUGUCCAAACGCACUGCUAUGCAUUUAAACGAAAACACAUACACAUACACACACACACACCACAAACACACACACACACACACACACACACACACACACCACACACAAACACACACCACACACAAACACACACAAUCAUACAGUCAUACAUACGCCGACACAGUCUACACACAUCCACACUUGUUAAUCCUAAUGUACAUGCUAAACACAAUCAGCUCAGCCAAAAUCCACUGACAGGUGUAGUCACAACUGAACUUGAAAAGUUUUAUCUUAGGACAUUUUGUUUGUUUGUUGCCAUUUUGUUGUCCUUUUGAUUUUGUGUUUUAGAAUGAUUUUGUUUUUAGUUUUUCUCUUUUUACAUACCUCAAAUCAAGUAACCUGCAGUGGUGUCUUUACCUCAGGAGCUGUAGUAUAUUUAACCUGAAUCAACUUUAUUUUUGUAUUCUUUUUGACCUAGUUGCAAUCAGGGGAAGUCGGGUAACUCUCACCAAUGGAACCUCAUGUACAGAGCACCCACCUCACAGUGACAGGCCUCCAGCCGGGUCCACUCAGGUUUCUAUACCACACUGUAGCCUCAUGCUGAACUCAAACUAGUGAAUGAUCAGAUGCUGUAGAUCAGCGCGUUAAAUACCUCAUUUCAUUACUGCCCUCAGCUGAGAUCAUGUGAAGUCCACUAGACAGGUUGGAGUACAAAUCUAAAAUUCAACCACUCCUAGGUCCGCACAAGCUGUCUUUAAAGAAUUAACGCACAAAGUUGGGGGAACAGCAACUCUCAUCUACCCACAACAAGCCUAGUAGACCCCGAGCUCAUGUCUCCUCCUAGAGAGGUAAUACUGAGGCAUUCCUUGCCCCUGCUGCAGAAUCAGAUGUGAGUUUGUUGUUCCCCAUUUUGUUCGUGCAUCCUUUCUCCAGCUUCAGCCACAUGGCUGAAAGUCGAGUGGGAAGGCGUCAUGAUCAGUGCGUAGUUCUCACACCUCAUACUGGCCUCUCUGCUCUGGAGGGUGUCUUUCUCAGGAAGCAAUGUGACAACUGCAAGGAAUCACUGUUAAUUUCAAGAGAAACAGAAAAGGAUUCAUACCUGAAGAAUGCACAAGCCUACAUGACUGUUUCAUGAAUACCUCAUCAGACUCUCUUGAGAAGGGGAGCUACACUACAUACCUCAUACGGCUGCAAAGCCAUCGAGACUUGAUGCCCCAAAUCCUACCUGAAUUGAAACUGAUACAGACAUGCUGACACACUGCUGGUGGUUUUUGGGGACAAAGAACUGGGACGGGCUUGCUAUCUUUCUCCUGUAUUUACUUGUAGAACCUGUAUAAUGCUUGCUACUUCUUGAAUUUUCUGGGUUUUUUUUUUUUUUUUUUUUUUGUUUCUCAAAUUCUUGUCUGAGAAGAGUGAUAUAUCUGCAUUUUUUUCAGGGAAGAGGAGCAGAAAAGUUUGUUCCUCGCUGACAGAUUUUUAGGAUUGUUAAAAGGUUUCAAGGUCACAGUGGUCAAAAAACAUGAAAACAAGCCUGUUAACCUUAAAUUUGACUGCAGACACUUAAAUCGCAGUCAUGAAAGUGGCAAAAUGAUAUGCAUGUGUACAAUCAUGUGACCAGUGUUUUAACACCUUAAUCCUCUGGUUCUUGCACAGCUAGAUACCAAAGACUAGCCCAGUCGGUGAAUGAUCCCAUGUACAAUCCUGCUCAUGCCUGCUGUGGUCCAUAGCAAGGCAGGUUGAUGUCUCUUUUGGACUGCAAAAAAUGUUGCAUCUUACUUCUUUGAAUCCAAUUUUUAGUGCGUCUUGAAACAAGUAAAAUAUCCCUUUACGUGAGAUGUAGUAAAUCCAUUUUUUCCAUAUUUUACAGCAUGACUUGGUCAUUGGAAAGUUCCAGUGAAAGUUAGUACUUUUAGAACUGGACUUAAAGACUCAAAAUUUAAUUAAAUGACAUGUACAGAUUAGAUCAUCAAUAGCAGAUAUUCAACUCCUAUUAUUCAGAACAGAAGGCCAGAUACUGUGGCCUCCUGAGCUGGUUUCCUAAUUUAAUCUUGUACAGUCUGGGGCUAUUGUUGCUGGGUUUUAACACAGCACCCACUGUGGAUGCAGUCCUCAUCUAUCAGUGUGGACAGUGCCCUCCAUAAAAAGCCCUUUUUAUUAAAACAUCCAAUUCCUGAUCAUCCAGAGAGCUGGAUUAUUCUGUACCUCUUAUUGUAAAAUACUUUUCUCCCUUCAAAGUAACUUUAUAGCAUUUUGAAACACCACACAAAGGAUUAAAACAAAUUUUCUAGCUUUAUCUGUGUUGAAUGUGAGGCAUUUUAACUGUUUAGACACCUCUUUAAGCCCAGUGUGAUCUGAAGUGGGCAGCCUUGUUGCUUUUAUUAGAUUGUAUUUUAGCCAUUUAUGUGUCAGGUUUUGCAGACAUUUUGCAGUUCAGAUCACAGUUCAGGGUUUGAAGACUUUUGAAGACGGUGCUGUUGGUCUUUCAGUGUUCUCUUUACAACCCUGUACGACACAUAACUGUAUUUUAUAAAAGUGAGAAUUAUAGAUGCUGCCUUAAAGUAGUUGCUGGUGAGAUCUGGUCAGUGCAGGUUUCACUACUCAGCUGGCUGGGAAAAGUCUGUCUCUUCAAGCUUAAUCCUUUGGAGAGUCAUCACUUAUUUUGGGGGAAACAGUUUAAUCAGACACAAGUUUUCAUUCAUGCUGUUGUGUUAACAACUGAGUUUUGAUAUUUAUUUGUGUUGUUUUUUUUUCCUGGUGGACCUUGUUUUUAGUAACAGUUAAGCUUAGUCUUUUAGGCUGUGUAACUAAAACAGUUUCUAUAUUCUAAGUCUAAGCUUUCUGUUUCAUCUGCUUAGUCUGAGCAAUGACUGCUUGAUAGUGUAGCUUCACUGCCUUUGUGUGGUUGUGUUUGUGUGUGCGCGAGCAGGUAUAUGCAGUGACAACACUUGCAAUAACAUUAUAGAUACUGCAGGUGGCGCCACAGUUGCAUCUAUUAUAUUUUGUUGAACCUGCCCAGUACAGCCACAGUCCUCCUCUGCUGUUUGUUGGUAGGAUUUCUCCUCGGUGUCAGGCUUCGAAGCUUCAAUCCUCUGGUCACUUCACUAACUUCCAGGCUCCUGCCGCCUGACCUGCUGUGUGGAUGAGUAUGUAUUGUGUCGUGCCUGUAAACCCACAUCUGUGUAUGUGUCUGUGUGAGUCGGUGUGUGUGUCCUCUGUUAGAAACCCCCCACCUCAUCAUACCACAGUACCUCAGGGCAGUGGGCUGCACUCACUGUUGCAUUCGAUGUUAAAGCUGCAUUGAGAGACGAGUACUGACAGAAGCUGUGGUGACUUCGCUGAAUGCUACUUUGGAUUUGGUUGCUUUUUUUUUUUUUGUCGUCAGUAACUGCAGGCAAGGUCUCGUCACUCAGGAAGCUGUGAAGUUGGAAGUCUCCGAUGAUUGUGGAGUUAAUUCAGUUUUAAAUUGUUUAAAAACUAACCUGAUCUGUGUAAAAACAGGUGCAUAUGCAAGUGGUUAUCGAAUACCUCAUUUAUCAAUUUUAUGUUGUUUUGGCUUGUACAAUGCUCCGUAUAUUAAUUCAAUUGUGGGGUUUGUGCAUAUUUUUGUACUGUUAUUAUUAUUAUGGAUAUGAUAAUAAUGAUAUUACUGAUAUUAUUAUAGUUUUCUCUUUGAUUAAAGCAAACAAAAAAAUAGGGCAAAACACAUGAAUGCUUGUAAAAACUGGUUUGUGCUGAUUGUAUUUAAGAGGAGCACUUUUCCAAAGUGGUUUUCACACAUUCAGUUUUGUUCAUAUUAGUUAAUAUAAAGAUAUGGUUCUCAGGGCUUUAAACUUGUAUGUCAUGAUAAAGUUUUACUUUAUAUCUUA